CCGUGCAGUUCGCAGCCGGGAGACGCCGUCGCCAUUGCCCCCUGGCUCGGUGAGCGCAGCCCCGCUCGCCGAGCAGGGCCUCAGCGGGCCGCCAGCGCCAUGGGCCAGUGCGGCAUCACCUCCUCCAAGACCGUGCUGGUCUUUCUCAACCUCAUCUUCUGGGGAGCAGCAGGCAUUUUAUGUUACGUGGGAGCCUAUGUCUUCAUCACUUACGACGACUAUGACCACUUCUUUGAAGAUGUGUACACUCUCAUCCCUGCUGUGGUGAUCAUAGCUGUAGGAGCCCUGCUCUUCAUUAUUGGGCUAAUUGGCUGCUGCGCCACAAUCCGAGAAAGCCACUGUGGACUGGCCACAUUUGUCAUCAUCCUACUCUUGGUUUUUGUCACAGAAGUUGUUGUAGUGGUUUUGGGAUACGUUUACAGAGCAAAGGUGGAAAAUGAAGUUGAUCGCAGCAUUCAGAAAGUGUAUAAGACCUACAACGGAACCAACCCUGAUGCUGCUAGUCGGGCUAUUGAUUAUGUACAGAGACAGCUGCACUGUUGUGGAAUUCACAACUACUCAGACUGGGAAAAUACAGACUGGUUCAAAGAAACCAAAAACCAGAGCGUCCCUCUCAGCUGCUGCAGAGAGACCGCCAGCAGCUGUAAUGGCAGUUUGGCCCACCCCUCUGACCUCUAUGCCGAGGGUUGUGAGGCUCUAGUUGUGAAGAAGUUACAAGAAAUUAUGAUGCAUGUUAUCUGGGCAGCACUGGCAUUUGCAGCUAUCCAGCUGCUGGGUAUGCUGUGUGCGUGCAUCGUGCUGUGCAGGAGGAGCAGAGACCCUGCUUACGAGCUCCUCAUCACUGGUGGGACCUACGCGUAGCAGCAGCAGAUUCACACCUGAGCUUUCUAGCCUGGUUCUGAUUUUGGAAGGUGAAUUGAGCAGGUCUGCUGCUGUUGGCUUCCUGAGUUGUUUUAGUUAAAGCACACGCAUCCUGGUGUUGGACAGAGCAGCUUGGCUCUUCAUUUACCUACCUACCUACCCUCCCACCUAUGACUUUCUUUUCCCUUGUUCUAGCUGAUUCUCCACAUCCCUGAGUUUUUAAGUUCGGUGGUAAAUGUUCUAAUAUCAGAACUAUUUGCAAGUUGUAUAGUGUGGUAGAAUUAAAGGAGGUUGUGGGCCUGCUUUUGUUACCUCCAAGCAUAAAUGGGACUGAUUCUGAAGUAUCACCGGACCCUUUCAGUCUUCACAGUCUUGGCCAAAGGUUUUGGGAGGGAGGGGGAGGAAGUCAGCUGUCUGGUUAAAGUUAACACCAGGUGGUGCCCCUCAUCAGUGUCCUUUUAAAAAACAUAUACUGUAGUCCAAUAAGAUAGCAGUUGUACAAAAUGGCUAAAAUAGAUUUUAGAGUCAUAAGGUAUGUAUCUUGGUUCAUCUUCAAAAUCAGAGACUGAUCUUUGAAACUAGUGGUUUUUAAUCAAAGCUGACUUUAUAGGAGGAGUAUAAUGUAUACACUACUGUUUUAAAACAAUUAGUGUGUGUGUGUUUUUUUUAUGAUUGAGCCCAUUCAUCAUAAGUCUUAAACUCAUUUGGAAAUAAUGUACCCACGUAGACUAGCAAAAUAGUAUGUAGAUGUGAUCUCAGUUGUAAAUAGAGAAAUCUAAUUCAAUAAACUCUGUGUCAUCCCCCAA